AUGUCGCACGCAACAAAGCAGCUCCGUAAGGCUGCGCGGAUCAUCUUGAUUGGCGCACCGGGAGUAGGAAAAGGAACACAGUCCGAGCGAUUGCUAGCCCGAUUCCCACAACUAGCUUCAAUCAGUUCAGGCGAUCUGUUGAGAGAGAAUGUGCGCCGACGCACACCCCUCGGCCUGGAAGCCGAGGCCACAAUGCUGUCUGGCAACCUUGUUCCCGACUCAAUGAUCCUGGACUUGAUCUCCAAUGAUAUGAAAUCCAAGGGCUGGCUCCUUCCCCCAUCUGCAUCCUCAGCAUCCUCCCCAUCUUCUUCUCUCGCCGGCACUUCCUCUUCGGCCCACUCAAUCGAUUCCUCGGCCUCUUUUAUCCUCGACGGGUUUCCCCGCACCGCGAUUCAGGCAACAACAUUGGACACAUUGGUACCGGUCAACUUUGUCGUCCACCUCAUAACCCCACCAUCGGUGAUCCUUGCCCGAAUCGCAUCGCGCUGGGUUCACGAGCCCUCAGGACGGGUGUAUAACACAGACUUCCACCCGCCAAAGGUGGCAGGCAAAGAUGAUAUCACGGGCGAGCCGCUGACGCAGCGAGAGGACGAUUCUCUCGAAACAUGGAAGCAGCGUCUACGGAAGUUUGAGGAGACAAGCCAAUCCCUCCUGGAGCAUUAUGACCGUCGGCAAUGUCUAUUCCGUGCGGAGGGUAAUACAUCCGACGAAAUCACCCCAAAGCUAUUUGCCGAGGUUGAGCGGCGAUUCUGCUGA